GGAUGGGGAGCGAUGGGAUGGCGGAGGAACGGCUCGGCUGCUGCUCUGCCGUCUCAGCCCAAUCUGCUCCGCCGCCCCGCCCGUGGCACGGCGCGGUGUCCCCCGGAGCCGGUGCUCUGCCGUGCCCCGGGGCUGGGGAAAGGCUGUCUGAGCAGCACACGACAGCGCUCAGCCUUCCCUAACAGCCCUUCUCUCUUUCUGCUCUAAAGCUGGACGGCCGGAUCAGCGCUGCUGCUGUGCAGAGGAGCUCCAGCCAGCCCUGCGGAACCCUCCCUGACCCCCCCCGGCUCCUGCGCACCGUGCCCCAUGCUGUCCUGCUGCAUGCCCAGUUUAAGGCGUCUCUCCAAGGAGAUGUUUGCCCCUCUCCUCCUCCUCCUGGUUGAGCUCGGCUACGGUGCCAACCCCACCUACCACUGGAGAGACACAGUGACCAACAAGCAGCUGACGUGCCAGCAGUGCCCGCCGGGGACGUUCGUGGCGCAGCACUGCAGCAGGGACAGGCCGACGCUGUGCCAGCCCUGCCCGGAGCUGCACUACACUCAGUACUGGAACUACCUGGAGAAGUGCCGCUACUGCAACGUCAUCUGCGAGGAGAAGCAGGUGGAGGUGCAGCAGUGCAAUGCCACCCACAACCGUGUGUGCCAGUGCCAGGAGGGCUACUACUCAGAGAUGGAGUUCUGCAUCAGGCACUCGGAGUGCCCGCCGGGCUCGGGCGUGGAGAAGCUGGGUACCCCCUUUGAGAACACCCAGUGCCGUCCCUGUCCCCGCGGCUUCUUCUCUUCCUCCAGCUCCAGCACGGAGCCGUGCCAGCCCCACCAGGACUGUGAGCAGCAGGGGAAGGUGACCAACGUGCAGGGCAACCAGUACCACGACACCCUCUGCACCUCCUGCAGACCAGGGAGGAGCAACAGCACGCAGGGAGCAGCUCUAGGAGACGACGACUGCAAACAAGCCCUGAUAGACUUCGUGGUCUACCAGAACAUCCCCGUCAGGAAGCUGAAGCGGCUGCAGCAGAUCCUGGAGCGCUCCCCGAGGAAGCAGGCACCAGGCACCAGGGCAGCCAUCCAGGAGAAGUUCAGGGCAUUCCUCACCCACCUCAAAGAGGGGCACUACGAGGUGACCAGGGAGCUGCUGGACGCGCUGCGCGCUGCCAAGCUGCACUCCAUCGAGGAGAAGGUCCGCGAGCGCUUCCUCCUGGGCUGACACCACCACCUUGGACUCCCUGGGUAGUUCUUGGAUAUUUUUCUUCUGUGGUUUCAUUAAUUUAUUCAUCUUUCCAAACGUGACUUGAAAAGGCCACGUUAGAGACGAGCAAAGGGUCAGAGCUCGGCUGCACCCGCGGCGGGACCCGCUCUGCGCCUGGCUCUGGGGUGGGGUGAUGGGGGAUCCUCUGGGGUGGGGUGAUGGGUGUCUCAUCUCCAGGAUGGGACAUUGAGAGGGCUCCAGAAUGGGAUGUUGGGAGAUCCCAGCAGCUGCUGCCACUCCAGGAGCUCCCUGAACGCCAGGUGCCCGUUUGCCAGCACUCAGCAGAGGGUCCCUGCUGCGUUAGCACAGGAACGUGCAUCAAGGACAUUUGUCUUCCUGGGGAAAAACCCAGCUCUUCCUUUGUAGAAAAGUGCCUGGCUUUGUUUUAAACUGUGUGGAUUUGCUUUUGGUGGAGUUUUGUAGUUCUUUGACUGUGUUUCCCCCGCUGAGGAUUUGCUGGAGUUUGUGCUGUGAGGGGAGGUCGCUGCUGGGACACGUUGGGUGUCCCCAGAGGCACCGCUGCAGCCUGACAUUUCCAAACCUGGUUUGACAUUUCUAAGCUGCCUGUUUUUAUACCAUGUGUGAGAGGUGUUUUCUAGAGAAACCAAAGAAAUUAUUUUAUGAUACA